AUGAAUCACGUUUUCAAGGAUCAACUGGGCAAGAACGUCGAGGUUUACGUAGAUGACAUAGUUGUGAAAUCCAAAGGGAUUGAGGAUCACGCAGGGGAUCUGGCAGAAACUUUUGAAAAGCUGAAGGGUUUUAACUUCAAGCUGAACCCGGAGAAGUGUGUUUUUGAAGUCUGCUCUGGGAAAUUUCUAGGGCACCUCAUCUCGGAGAAAGGCAUCGAGGCGAACCCGGAAAAAAUCGAGGCAGUAAUAAACAUGAAAGCCCCGAGCUCGUGGACAGAGGAGUGUAAUACAGCUUUUGAAGAGCUGAAAGUUUACCUUAGCACACCCCCGGUGCUAGGUAGACCUGAGCCAGGGGAAAUCUUAUAUUUGUAUCUCUCGGUGAAUGACGAGACAGCGGCGGCAGUCCUGGUGAAGGAAGAGAAGGUGGCGGCGGAAAAGCUAAGGAGAUAUUUCGAGGCUCACAUCAUUGUAGUACGCACGAACCAACCUCUGAGAAAGGCGUUGCAGAGGCCAGAAAUGUCGGGACGGCUGGUCAGCUGGUCGGUCCAGCUGGGAGGAUACGACAUCCGGUAUGAACCAAGACCGGCUCUAAAAGCACAAGUAUUGGCAGAUUUCAUAGCCGAAACCACAGCGAGUGACCAGCCUGAAGAACCUGAUGAACAACUUCUACGGUGGGUUUUAGAAGUUGAUGGGGCAUCAAAUUUGGAAGGAUCGGGGGCAGGCGUAGUCUUGAAAGGCCCUCACGGAGUUACACUCCGAAGCUCGGUGAAAUUCGGUUUCCCGGCAUCCAAUAAUGCCGCGGAGUAUGAGGCUCUGUUGAUCGGAUUAAGAAUGGUAAACGUGGUCAAGGCCGAGCACGUAACAAUAAGAAGUGAUUCUCAGUUAGUUGUUUGUCAAAUCUUGGGUACUUUUGAAGCUCGGGAUUCGGAGAUGAGAAGAUACGUGGAUAGAGUCAACAUCGACAACCACGAAACCAUUUUUCUAACUCAGCCUUUGGAAAAUUGGAUGCAAGGCAUAGCCCACUACCUGAUGGACGGAACUCUGCCAGAAAACAGAGACAAAGCCUACAAAAUCUUGCGACAAGCUCCGUACUACGCGUUCCUCGACGGAGUCUUAUACAGGAAGUCAUUCACCCACCCGUGGUCGAGAUGCCUGACAGCAGAGGAAGGGGAGUAUGUGCUGAGAGAAAUACAUGAAGGUAUUUGUGGGGCACACAUAGCUCCUCGCAUGUUGGCAAAGAAAACAGUGUUGCAGGGCUACUACUGGCCCCUAAUGGUCAGUCCUUGGCCAUUUGCAACUUGGGGAAUUGACAUCCUAGGACCUUUCACGCCAACCACGGGGCAGAAAAAGUUCUUGAUAGUGGCAGUAGACCACUUCACAAAGUGGAUCGAGGUAGAGGCAGUGAGUACCAUCACAGAAGCUCGGAUCAGGGAUUUCUUCUGGAGGCAAAUCGUGUGUCUUUUCGGUAUACCCAGAGCGUUGGUAACUGACAACGGGAAGCAGUUCAACUGUCGAGCCUUCAAGGAAUUUUGCAACGACUUACACAUUGACCUGCGUAUCACUUCGGUAGUUCACCCGCAAAGCAAUGGGAUGACCGAAGUAACCAACCGGAUGAUCCUAAAAGGGCUUAAGGUCAGGCUAGGGGAGUUCGAUAGACAGUGGCUGGAAGAGCUACCGAAGGUCAUAUGGGCUUACUGA